AUGAAGAGGGAUCGAGAGGCGGUCGAGACCAACGGCAAGAAUGUACAGAAGCGUAGGAAGUUAAGCUCGAAGUUCACGCCAACGCUUGCGGAAUGCGGCCACAAGGACUUGCUCGACAUCGAGGCCAAAGGUCUGAUAAGUCGCCCUCGCCCGACCGAUGCACCGUCAGUCGAGCUGGAAACUUCUCAUGGCGAAGUGAGGCCCGACACAGGAAGGCGACGAGGUCAAGAACGGCAAGUAUUUGAGGUCUACGUUGAAGAGCUGUCAAGCACGGGCGACGGCCUCGCUCGCCAUCCAGCACGCGAUCAUGUCUUCGCGAUACCAUUUGCUCUUCCGGGAGAUCGAGUCAACAUCAAAGCUUUCGAGCCCUCGGAGGAAGACAUCUGGUCCAACGCUGACUUCGUGGAGGCUAUCGAACCGUCCGAACUGCGAGCUGGAACCAAACCCAAGUGCAAAUACUUUGCUCAAUGCGGCGGAUGCCAGUUCCAGAUGAUCUCUUACGAUGAGCAACUCAAGUACAAGAAGACUGUUGUGGAAAACGCUUUCCGAUACUUCUCGGGUCUCGAUCCGGAGCAGGUGCCUCCGAUAGGCGACACCGGCGCGUCGCCUCUCCAGUAUGGCUAUCGAACGAAGCUGACGCCCCAUUUCGACGGGCCUCGGAAAGGCGAGAGGCUCAGCGUCGAUAAGCCCCCACCGAUAGGAUUUAUGCGCAAGGGUUUCAGGCAGACCAUGGACAUCGAAAGCUGUCCGAUCGCCACAGAUAUCGUCCAAGAUGGCCUCCGCCACGAAAGGUCCAAGACUAUCAAGAAAAUCGACACCUACAAGCGUGGGGCAACAAUACUGCUACGCGAAACAACGGAUCGCACCUUCGACAAGGGUGAGUCUAAUGGAGGAGGUAACGCAGACUCUGUCUUCGCGAAGACUGACUCGCCAUUCCCGGGAGGUGCUCUCGAGCUCGGAAGCUUGCCGCUUCAGUCCACAUCCCAAUCUCAGCCACCACACAUCCCCGAGAUCGUGAACAACUACGUCUACAAGCCCACCACCGACCCAUCCGCCCCACCAACAACAAUUCGCGAAAAGAAACUCUACACAACCGAAAACGACACCUUCGCAACAGAGCACAUCGGCAGCUACAUCUUCAAACCCGCGCCGGCUCCUUCUUCCAGAACAAUAACUCCAUCCUGCCCUCACCCAACCCAACCAAUCAAAUACCUCCUCGACGCCUACUGCGGCUCGGGCCUCUUCGCUAUCACCUUGUCCCCUCUCUUCACCUCUGUGCUCGGCAUCGAGCUCGAUCCCUGGGGCGUCACCUCGGCACGAGAGAACGCGAGGCUCAACGGUGUAGAGCACGCGGGCUUUAUUGAGGCUGAUGCUGCGGCGCUGUUCCAGGAUGUGCCGUACCCGGCUGAGAAUACUGUGUUGGUGAUUGAUCCGCCUAGGAAGGGGUGUAGUACGGAUUUUCUGAAGCAGUUGUUGAGGUACGGGCCGGCAAGGGUGGUGUAUGUUAGUUGCAAUGUGGGGAGUCAGGCGAGGGAUGUGGGUUGUUUGGUCAGGGGUUGGUGUGGGGAGGAUUGGUGGAAGGAGGUGGAAGGACGGGAGGAUGAGGGGAAGGAGGUUGGGAGCUUUAGGUAUGAGAUUGAGGAGUUGAGAGGAUUCGAUUUCUUCCCGCAGACGAGUCAUGUGGAAGGGUUGUGUGUGCUGAGGAGGGUGGUGAAUGAGGCUUGGAAGGAGCCUGAGAACGAGCCGGAGCAGGAGCAACCUGAGAAGCAGCUUGAGUGA